AUGGCGGACUGUAAGGGCAUGAAGAGCACGCACCUUCUUGCAUUGCUCCACGGGAGCUCAGACCCUCAAGCGGCUGUACGAAGGUAUUCGGAGAAAGUGCUAGCCUUUGCCGAGUCUAACCAAACGGACGACAGGCAAGAGGCGAGCGCGAUUAACGUCGCUGAAGCGAGUGAAUUUGGAGGGGAGGACUUCGGUGGCAAGAAUACUGGCAUCGUCAACGAAUGUGCCAUGAUCGAUGUCGAGACUAGGAAACGGGUCUACUCGGCAGCCUAUCUCCAGCUCACUCGUGCGCGAGAGAACCUGGAGAUCCUCAAGAAAGCUGAGCCUACGUUGAUUGAUUCAAAGAUCUCACCUUACGGCCAGAUCAGUUCCCAAACUUCAAAAAAUCCAGAGUUUGCCGCCAAACAGGUAACGAUCUACGACUCGGCGAAAAGAGGCUGGUUGACAGCCACAGAUUCGACGGCUGUCUUCAACCCUUUCCUUACAGCAUUCAUGAUUGCUCGCAACGUCGGCAACGCUCAUAGACUCUCGGCCAUAGGGGACCUGAAAGCCGUGAUAGCUGAUGAGAGAACGAUCACGCCCCUCCGGGAGAAGCAGUUCGACAUCCAGACGAAGUGGCAGGAGAGUAACACGGUGGCACAUACGGAGAUGAUCCUAUAUCUUGUUGUGAUGACUGUUGUGCAGGUUUCGUCGUUUACAGAGGUAGCAUUCAACACAUCAACUCCCUGGCGCAUCCCUCAAUCGACCCUAGAUAUCUCAGUAACGAAUUUGGUGUACCUCGACGAUUACCUCGGUUGCACUCAAGCUUACAAACGUCCCACUGCAGAUCAUACAGUACUAUUAUCCGCAGUCUACCAGAUGAUGGAGGAGCUCGACGAUACUCGGCCUCCGAAAAACAUGAUAGAGCGCCACGUAGUUCCAAGAAUCCCUCUCGCAGAUCCUAGUCUGCUAGUGCAUUUCGCAAGCAUCUACAUAGAGUAUAUCACACCUCAUGGGUACGGCCGUAAAACAAUAUCCAUGGUCAUCGUCAAGAUGGAUAGUCUUGAGCCCCUUCGUGACACUGCCGAUCCACUUCCCAUAUUGAACGAGCGAGCAGCCCAGAUUCAGAUCAACAUCCAGUGGGCCGCCUCUUCCCGCGGGCCACCCCACCUUCCCUCGUGGACCGUCAGAUGUCUUUUGAACAACGUCGAGAGGGGCGUCGGUAAUGGUGCCAGCAAGCAGACUGCCAAAAGAGCCGCGGCUCAUCAGGCAUUGUACACUAUGGGGUGGAUUAGAGGAGCGACGUCCACCUUUCAGCCAGGGCAUGGCUAUGUCCAGUCGCCGAAUGUUCUCGCCAACGUCGCUGCAGACAAAGGGCUCCGACUCGAUUGGUACAUCUACAAGGUUGGCCCCGAUCAUUUGAUUUCUUGGAGGGCUCAGUGUACAAUUGAUGGAGGGUUGAAAGGCGAAGGUCGCGGAGGAAGGCUCAUCGAGGCUAAACGCCGCGCCGCCCGACAGGCUUUCCUUGCGAUGGGUUGGGUAACUGCGGAAGAGGACGCUGUGUCCGAAGCCGGUUCAGAGGCUUCAGAAGGUUCAUCUGCUGGAAGUACGACGGUAAUUGCCUAUCCUAGCUGA